AUGGUGAAUGCCACCUUUGUGACCAGUUUCCUUCUCUUGGGGUUUUCUGAGGACCCGGAGCUGCAGACACUCUGUGGCAUUUUCUUCCUGCUGAUGUAUCUGGUGGCCUUGAUGAGUAACCUUCUCAUUGUUACUGUCCUUACCCUGGACCCACAGCUCCAAGCACCCAUGUAUUUCUUCCUGAAGAACUUAUCCUUGCUGGAUGUCUCCCUGGUCUCUGUUCCAAUCCCAAAGUUCAUCCUUAACAGUCUGACUCACAACAGUUCCAUUUCCAUUCCAGGCUGUGCCUUCCAGCUCCUUUUAAUGACAUCCUUCUCAGCAAGUGAGACAUUUAUUCUCACUGCCAUGUCCUAUGACCGCUAUGUGGCCAUCUGCUGUCCCUUGCACUAUGAGGCCAUUGUGAAUGGUGAUGCCUGUAUGCUGAUGGCAGGAGUUUCCUGGGCAAUGGGGGGCCUCUUUGGAGGCAUGUACACUGCUGGCACAUUUUCUGGGCACUUCUGUGGAUCCAGUGUGAUCCCAGAGUUUUUCUGCAAUGUUCCCUCCUUGCUCAAGAUUUCCUGCUCUGACACACUCCUGUCGGUCUAUCCCAGCAUGGGAAUUGGGCUGUGUCUGGGCCUGUCCUGUUGUGUUUGCAUUGGGUUCUCUUAUGUUCACAUUCUCUCCACUGUGUUGAGGAUUCCAUCCAGGAAAAGUCAGUCAAAAGCUUUCUCCACGUGCCUCCCACAUCUUGUCGUCUUCACUGUUUUUAUGCUAAGUGCAUUGAUGGUUUACCUGAGGCCACCUUCAGAUUCACCCCCAGUCAUUGCCAGGCUGCCUCCUGUGAUUUAUGCUGUGCUGCCUCCAAUCCUGAAUCCUGUCAUCUACACCCUGAGGAAUGGGGACAUGAAACGGGGUCUGCAGAAGCUGCUGCCAGCCCUGUGCUCAUCAGGUGCCAUUCAUCUAACAUUAACUUGUGCCUGUUCAGGGCACAGGACCUCCAGGGUGGCACAGAGACUUUUCAUUUCUCACUUUGGGGAGGCCUGCCAUGCACCUAUCUAUGUGUGGCUCUAG